CAGCAUGUAUGUGAGCGUGUGCGAGCCAGCAGAGCCGCCUGUGUGUUUACAUGUCAGCCUAUCAGGGCUGCCGGAUUUAGCGCAUCUGGAGAGGACGGAGGCAUUUCUCAAAUGCCCCUCAGACGAGGGAUUCUCAUCGCUGCAAACGUCCCUCUUUCCCAUCUGAAUCUAGCCUAGUCUCGAGUCCUACAUCUCUGUCUCCAUGCUUUCGGAGGCAUUUUGAAUUUCCUUGGCAACAUGGAGCUGCCUGAAUUAGAAUUCUCUGCAUGACAGUCCUGGUAAGCAGUAGGAUGGUGUUUGGGGACACCGGAGGGCACUGCUACUUGGUGGCAUGCUGGCAGCCCAUCCUGAUCCUGAUGCUGGGCACCGUCCUCUCUGGCUCCACCACUGGUUGCCCCUCCCGAUGUGACUGCAAUGCUCAGGAGCGUUCAGUCGUGUGCCAUCGACGGAGACUGGCAGCUCUUCCUGAGGGUAUACCAACUGAAACGAGACUGCUAGACCUCAGCAAGAACCGCCUAAAAACCCUCGGUACCGAGGAGUUCAUUAAUUACCCUCAGCUGGAUGAGCUGCAACUUAACGAAAACACAAUUUCAUCCAUCGAGCCUGGGGCUUUCGGCAACCUAAUGAACCUUCGAAUCCUAGGUUUGCGCAGCAACCAGCUGAAGCUGAUUCAGCUCGGGGUGUUCACAGGUCUGACCAACCUUACACAACUGGAUAUAAGUGAGAACAAAAUUGUCAUUCUGCUUGACUAUAUGUUCCAGGAGCUGUAUAACCUGAGGGCUCUGGAGGUGGGGGACAAUGACCUUGUAUUCAUCUCACCACGAUCAUUUCAUGGCCUCAGCAACCUUGAAAGCCUCAACAUUGAGGGAUGCAAUCUGGCCUCAGUGCCCACUGAUGCCCUUAGCCAUCUGCAUAACCUGUUGUCACUUCGAUUACGCUAUUUAAAUGUAACUGUCAUAAGGGAUUACUCCUUUAAGAGGCUGUACCGGCUCAGAGUGCUGGAGAUUUCUCAUAUGCCUGCCCUGGAUACCAUGACCUCAAAAUGCUUGUUUGGACUCAAUCUCACAUCAUUGUCUAUCACAAGCUGUAAUCUCACUGUCAUACCCUACCAAGCCAUAAGUCACCUUAGAUAUCUUCGUUUUUUGAAUUUGUCAUUCAAUCCAAUUCGCACUGUUGAAGGGAACCAACUGCACAAUCUACAGAAGCUUCAGGCUUUUCAUCUGGCUGGGGGCAGAUUAGCUGCCAUAGAGCCCUACUCAUUCAGAGGACUCAACCACCUCCGUGUUCUCAAUGUUUCCAGCAACAGCUUGAGCACCCUGGAGGAGUCAGUGUUCCAUUCAGUGGGCAAUCUGGAGACCCUGGCUUUGUAUGACAACCCUUUGGCCUGUGAUUGUCGUUUGCUUUGGGUCUUCCGUCGGCGGUGGAGGCUCAACUUUAACAGACAACAGCCCAUGUGUGCAUCACCUGAGGUUGUGCAAGGAAAAGAGUUCAAGGACUUCCCAGACAUCCUCCCUUCUGACUAUUUCAUCUGUCAGAAAUCAAAGAUUGUGGAUUAUAAGGUUCAGGAGAGCCAUGUAGAUGAGGGAACUACGGUUCUCUUUGCUUGCCAAGCUGAGGGUGAUCCAGCCCCUGCAAUAAUGUGGCUUUCUCCUAAAAAGGAAUACAUUACUACUAAAACUGUGGGGUCAAGACUUUCUGUGUCUCAUGAGGGCACACUGGAGGUCCGUUACUCCCAAAUCCAGGACAAUGGCACCUACAUGUGCAUCGCAAGCAAUGCAGCCGGCAAUGACACAAAAGCUGCCCACCUUUUUGUGCAUAGUUACUCCCCUAAUUGGCCCCACCAGCCAAACAAGACAUUUGCCUUCAUUUCCAACCAGCCCAACGAUGAAGGUACUAAUGUAACUCGGGCCUCAGUUCCAUUUCCAUUUGAUGUAAAGACACUUAUAAUCGCAACCACCAUGGGAUUUAUCUCUUUCCUCGGAGUUGUCCUUUUCUGUCUUGUAAUAUUGUUCCUCUGGAGUAGAGGGAAAGACAAUACAAAGUCAAGUAUAGAGGUUGAAUAUGUACCCCGCAAAGAGGAAACCGAGGAGGCCAGUCCAACUGAGCCACCGGUACAAUUCAACAUGAAGAUCAUGUGAACCUCAAAAGGAGGCCAUGUAAGCUUACAAACUGCAGUCAGGAUGCAUACUAUCCUCGCUUCAAAUAAGUACUUGAUUUAAGAGCGAUAGAUACAUCUAUCAAACUACAUCUUGAAAAUAUACCCAACACAUUUUUUUACUUCAGGGACUGAAUCUUUAAAACAAAUGUUGAAUUUCAAAUAAUCCAAUUUCUGUAAAUUUGUAUUGGCAUUUCUCAAUCAGUAUGUUGACAUGCACUUAAAAACCCAAUUGCUGCGUGGAACCAAUUUGAGGUAAUGGGUCAAUGAUUUUUAUCAUGGAAAAUUUUGCCUUUAUAUGAAAGUUGAAGCUGAUAGGAAGUGAAAAAAAAGACAUCCAAAUAAGGGCCAGGGUGGAAUCAUACCCCUCAGCCCUUUGAGGACCAUUAAGCAUAAAUGGUAAAAGAUGAGCUACCAUGGGGCCUAAAUUGUUGUUAUACACACAUAAAGUUUAAUGCUUAAGCUCUCGAGUAUUUUCCUUCCCUCAGCACAAAUGAGAGAAAGAUGUUGUCGUCAGGGUCUUUAUCUUGUUUUUGUUUCUUUGUUCUGAUUGAUGUAAAAAGCACAAUAACCCAUUAGUACUCCAUAUCUGUUACUUGACAUGCUAAACUGAAAACAGUGUAUCUGUUAUAUUUUAUCCCAUCGAGCAAUUAGUAUGAGAUAAGUGAAGGGAGCAUUAUAGACAAACAAAACAAAAACAAAAAAAGAAGAAGGUAAACAUUAGGGGUGUACGCGUUUAGUCAACUAAACUAUUAAGCAUUGUCACCCUUAAUAGCCAGCACCUGAAUUACUAGUAAUAAUAAUCAUUUAUUUGCUGGCUCUCAAUGGCGGUUGAAUAUUAUGGCCAAACUGUAUUGCAACCUCCCACAACUAGCAAGGACUACCACCAGUCUAUAUGGCUACAGCCUUAGCUUGGCAAGAAAAAUUAACUGUAUUUCCAUAGACUGGUUGUAGCCCUGGCUAAUGGGCCUUCUAUUCUGGCUCUAGUGUCUGGAUUUAAUCAAGCACAAUGAAUGGAUGGCAUACCGUAAGGGCAUUUUGAUCAAGAAAAUUGAUAUACAAAUGUAUGCAGGUUGUGUCCAGUUAAACUGGCAUAUCAACCGGAAUAAUGUUGUAACCACAUUAGGACAGGAAUGUGGACAUUAACCUGCAAGGAGGACGAAAGGUCGGCAGCGCUAACACUACUAAUGUUAGCCACAUGAACCAAGUUACAGUAUUCACCCACAGUUUUAUUUUUGAGAGAAUUCAUUCUUUAUAACUAGUCAACACAAGCAAAUUAAUUAACUUUAAAAAUAAAAUAAUAAUAUUUUGUAUGUUCAAAAUAUUUAGUUUAAUUUUCAUUGAGACAUUCUUAGCUUUGUUCUCUGGAAUCAAAGAUGUAUUAAGAAUCAGUUGGUGCAUAAGAGAAAAAGGAGUGCACUUCACCACCCGUUGUGUCAGUGAGCAGUGGCCUUUAUUUUACAACAUCAUUAAACAGGGUUUUGAUUUUGUUUUUCUCCACAGUUUGGCACUGCUGUCUGGAAGAAACCAUGUCCAAAAUGUUCAAACAGAAGCACUUAUCUCCAUGACUUUUCGCAGAAUAAUGAUAACCAUUGUAUUUAAGUGCGUGUAUCAGUUAUAAUAACUGGAGGUUACUAUUACUGUGGUGAUUGUCAAAUGAGCAAGCAAGUGUGCAUGUUAACACACUGAAUAAGGAAAAUAAGCCAGUCCUACUGUAUUGUGCUCCUUUCUGCCAACAAAAGAAGUGUGUCCUUAAAUGUAUUGACAUGUCUGGCUAUACAUAUUUUUCUGUAUUUUAUUCUUUCCUUGUACAUUAUGCUAUGGCACAAUAGUAUUGCUUUUGAAGGCUGUGGUUUAUGAACAUAUUACCAUCUAAAGAGCAGAUUUUAAAAUGAGUCACCAGGUUUCAAGAAAAACUAAUUCCAAAGUGAGUUACUGCAUUACUCAGACUAUAAGAGAACAUUUAAUCAUCUAACUAACAAUCUUAUCCAGUGUAACUAAAUUCAUUUGUGUACACAUUUGGCAGCACAGGAAGUGAGAGCACACUGUCAAAGUCUGGGGGUCAUAUUGUCACCGAUGACUCUCAGAAAGUGGGAUAUUAUUAAUUUGUUCCCUUAAGUAGCCCAUUUCCAGAUUAGCAAUACCCAAUAUUAUUUGCAUAAAAUGAAGCAUAAUGCCUCAUACAGAUUUUAUGUUUUCUAAUUCAUUUCAUAGUCAGGGUCUGCUCAGAAGAUAAUGUGUUCAUUUACUUUUGAAGAACUUGUUUAAAAGGAUGGGCAGAUGGAAACUCUAUUAAAAUAAAUAACAUUUUA